CUGCCCACUGUCUCCUCCCCCGUUCACUUGCACUCACUGUGGCACGCACAGCACAACCCCCCUUCGCCCUCGCUGCUCCAAUUAAUACUCAGACCCGCCCCUUGCUCCUGCCUCCCCUCCCCCCUUCACCCCAAGCUCGCCUCCCGCUUACUCACAAGAGCCAGCAUGCGGUGAGCAAGCGAGCUGCCGUCGUCUGUCUCCGGCGAUCUUGGAGGCGAAGCCGUGUUCCGCUCUGGCGGCUGGGUGACUGGCCGUCUCGAGGAGAAGAGGGGAGCCAAGUGAGAUGGACCUGGUGCCGCACCCGGACAGCCCGCACUCCGACAACAGCGGCGGCGGCUUGGGCGCCGCGUCGGGGGCCGUGUCGUCGGUGGCGUCGCCGGCCGGGGGGGCGGUGGCGUCGCCGGCCGGGGGGGCGGUGGCGUCGCCGAGCAGGUACGAAUCGCAGAAGCGCCGGGACUGGAACACGUUCGGGCAGUACCUGCGGAACCACCGCCCGCCGCUGUCGCUCGCGCGGUGCAGCGGCGCGCACGUGCUCGAGUUCCUGCGCUACCUCGACCAGUUCGGCAAGACCAAGGUGCACACCUCGGCCUGCCCCUUCUUCGGCCACCCGGCGCCGCCCGCGCCCUGCCCGUGCCCGCUGCGCCAAGCGUGGGGAAGCCUCGACGCGCUCGUGGGCAGGCUGCGUGCCGCCUACGAGGAGAACGGCGGCCGGCCUGAGAACAACCCUUUCGGCGCUCGCGCCGUCAGGCUCUACCUCCGUGAGGUCCGCGACCACCAGUCCCGCGCUCGCGGCGUCAGCUACGAGAAGAAGAAGCGCAAGAAGGCGGCGGCGCACCCGGUCCCGGCCCCAGUCAUCUCCUCCCACGACGGCAACGGCCACCACCAUCACCACCACCACCAGAUGCCGCCACCGCCGCCGCCCGGAGCCGCGGCGUGAACAUCCAUGUCCAAGAACGCCAGAGCCGCUCGCCGUGCACCCAACCGCGCGACGCGCGGCCGCGCCCCAUGUAUGCUACCGCAUGCACCACUCGCCUCCAUCGAUCUCUAGGAUCUCUGGCUAGCUCUUCCUCAUCUACUACUACUACUACCAUCUCUAGCGAGUUCUUGCUACAAUCCCUAGCUAGUCUAGCUACUAGUUCAUGGACUACUGCUACAAGUUAAUUACUUCCUAUUGGCACUUCUGCCGCCUCCCUAAUUAGGUCAGUUCUCUGACUAUUUCCCAACUUGAUGCUACUAUUUGCUGCAAAUUAUUUAAUUUCCUCAUCUCUGGCCUGCUCUUCCCUGCGUAAUUCAUCAUGCUGUUUGUGAUGAUAUGCCACCUGCUAGCUCCAUGACUUGUUUUAUAUUACCCGGCGACUUGAUCUUCUUUGUGAUCGGUUUGGUGCAGUUAAAUCAUCUUCUUUGAUUCUUCCUUGCUUGUUUCUUGCUGCAGAUCUAAUCUCUAUCUGAUCUUCUUGUUCUUGCAACAAGUAGAGAGGUUGCUGGUGUGAUUCUCUUCUCGUUCUUGGAACCUUGUUCUUGCAAGAAGUAGUAGGUGGUGUGAUAUGGUUGAGUCAUGUCAGUCUGUGUCGUCCUCUCAAGGAAUCUACGUACUGUUUCUCAGGGUCACGGAUGGAUUGGUUCAAAAAUGCCGAUGCUUGUGUGCAUGUGCUCUCUUUCGGGGCUCUUUGCAUUGCUUUUUAUGGUACUUGUACUGCUAAUACCAAAAAUAGCUAGGCUUGCCUCGACAUCUUAUGGGUGCCUGCCAGGGAGACGACCGAUUGGAAUGUAUGCAUAUAUAUAGUAGCAGAAGAUCACUUACUGGUACAAGCUGAGAUUGAACGACUCAUGAAUGUUUGUGUGUUCAAUGGUGGCCUUGUUUGGUACCUGUUGAUGCUAUGCAUGUCUUGUUUGGUACAGUACUAGUAAUUUAUGGCCCUUCGAUCUGAACCGUAAAAAAAUCAUGGGUUUUUUGUAAAAAAUCGUAAGAAAGCAGGUUGGUUUUCUUAGAAA